GAUAAAUGCAAGAUCUUAUGUCAAGAUAAAAAAAAAUCGCCCCCGAUUCUAAACCAUUAGCAGAGUGGAAAGGUUGCCACGGCGCAUCUUCGAAAAUGGACCAAAAGAAACAAAACUUAUCACUCGACAUACAGGAAGCAAUCCUUAGUCCUCUGUUCGAAGAUUUGGAUAAUAGUAUUGCCUUUCGAUGGACAUCUCUCAGUGAUGACGAAAAGCAAGCCAACAUUCGGCCGGACGCAAUCCAUCAACAUCAUACACGGAGCAAUGUUGGGCGAACGAGAUUAGUCGGGCGAAAUGCUUCCGAUAAGCACAAGUUGAAAUCUGCUUUUAUUUUUCUUGUUGUUGGUAAAAAUGCUACGCUCUACAUUGUCAAUCGGGCAAAAAGUGAUCUCUACACCAUAUCCAACUCCCGUUCAGCCUUGAUCAAGUUCCAAUUUUCAUUUCGCAAAUGAACAAGGUCACCAAUCGUUUCCAAAAUGUUGCUAAAGGCGAUAAGCGCGACUUCUACCCGGAAUCCGUUGACUAUUUUGGCACGUUAUGCAUAAAAAAACCGACGGAAAAAACACCUAGCAAACUGAAGGCGAUUUUUAGCCAUUAUAACCAUUAGCCGUCUUGAUCAUGUUCUCCAUUAUAUGAAUAUACUCCUGUCUGUUUACGAAUAAAAAAG